GCUUUCUCACAGAUGGAGAUGGAUGAUGGGAAAGGAGGCACAGGGCUCCGGCAGUACUACCUGUCCAAGAUCGAGGAGCUGCAGCUCAUUGUGAAUGAGAAGAGCCAGAAUCUGCGGCGUCUGCAAGCGCAGAGAAAUGAGUUGAACGCUAAAGUGCGCCUGCUGCGGGAGGAGCUCCAGCUGCUGCAGGAGCAGGGCUCCUACGUGGGAGAAGUGGUGAGAGCCAUGGACAAGAAGAAAGUGCUUGUCAAGGUACACCCGGAGGGGAAGUUUGUGGUGGACGUGGACAAGAACAUCGACAUUAAUGACGUGACCCCGAACUGCCGCGUGGCCCUGCGUAACGACAGCUACACACUGCACAAGAUCCUGCCCAACAAAGUGGACCCUCUUGUGUCUUUGAUGAUGGUGGAGAAGGUUCCAGAUUCCACUUACGAGAUGAUCGGGGGCUUGGACAAGCAGAUAAAGGAGAUCAAGGAAGUGAUUGAGCUGCCAGUGAAGCACCCUGAGCUUUUUGAGGCGCUGGGGAUCGCCCAGCCCAAGGGCGUGCUGCUCUACGGACCCCCCGGCACAGGCAAGACCUUGCUGGCCAGGGCUGUGGCCCACCACACCGACUGCACCUUCAUCCGUGUCUCGGGCUCCGAGCUGGUGCAGAAGUUCAUCGGCGAAGGUGCCCGCAUGGUGCGGGAGCUGUUUGUCAUGGCCCGGGAACAUGCUCCUUCCAUCAUCUUCAUGGAUGAGAUCGAUUCCAUCGGCUCCUCCCGCCUGGAGGGGGGCUCAGGUGGGGACAGCGAGGUGCAGCGCACGAUGCUGGAGCUCCUCAACCAGCUUGAUGGCUUUGAAGCCACUAAGAACAUCAAGGUGAUAAUGGCCACAAACCGGAUCGACAUCCUGGACUCGGCUCUGCUGCGCCCUGGCCGCAUCGACAGGAAGAUUGAGUUCCCCCCUCCCAACGAGGAGGCCCGCCUGGACAUCCUGAAGAUCCACUCCCGGAAAAUGAACCUGACGCGGGGCAUCAACCUGCGGAAGAUCGCGGAGCUGAUGCCAGGGGCAUCGGGUGCAGAAGUGAAGGGGGUGUGCACAGAAGCUGGCAUGUAUGCGCUGAGGGAGAGGCGGGUGCACGUCACACAGGAAGACUUUGAAAUGGCUGUUGCCAAGGUGAUGCAGAAGGACAGCGAGAAGAACAUGUCCAUCAAGAAGCUGUGGAAGUAACAGUGAGGCUGGGGCUGUUCUUCGCGCUGCGGUCUCUCUAAUAAAGUGCUGCUAUG